CUCUAAAUUCUGCUGGACCUCUCGCCUUUACACAACUUAUUCACAACCACUUCCAUCUACAACACAACUUCGAGCACGUUCGUUUCGGACACGUGCUACGUCCAUUCGACUCUCUACUUUGCAGAUCAAUCUAUGCACACUUAAACGACCCGAAGGUGUUGUACUAAAGUCCAAGUGAUUUCGUUUUACGAUAGGCAUUGAUUCGGUUCGUCGCGUCACAGUCGCGUAGAGCGUCUGCCGCCAUAUAUCUCCCAACAUGGCUCCGCCUCGUCCUCGAGCCAGCGCUGCCGACACAGACGCGUCCAUGUCAGAUGCGCAAGAGCCUGUCACAGCUCAACCCGACGAAAUGGAGGUUGACGAUACCCCUGAUCAGACUGAUACUGAUACGAACCCAAAUACCACAGCUAGCAGUGUUGCUGGCGACCAGGCCGAUGGCCGUAAGAAGCGCUCGGAGGCUAACCAAUUACGACGAAGUAUAUUUGGUAAGAAGCAUGACUUGCUAGGCGAGUCCAAGGAAGAUGACAGUAUUCGACGAUUUCGCUACCUUCUGGGAUUGACCGAUCUCUUCCGACACUUUAUUGAGACAAACCCUAAUCCUAAGAUUCGUGAUAUCAUGCACGAGAUCGAUCGUCAGAAUGAACAAUCCGCGAAGUCAAAGAAGAAGGGUGUUCGUCAAGGUGGCGCGGAGACCGAUCGAGCUCGCCGCACGGAAGCCGAAGAAGAUGAAGAGCUUCUCAAAGAUGAGAGGCAGGGCGGAUCCGCAGAGACCGUGUUUCGAGAGUCACCGCCAUUCGUCCAGGGCCUCAUGAGAGAUUACCAGAUUGCCGGCUUGAACUGGCUUAUUUCACUACAUGAGAACGGUAUCUCCGGCAUCCUCGCUGACGAAAUGGGUCUGGGAAAGACGCUCCAAACCAUCUCUUUCUUGGGUUACCUGCGACAUAUUAUGGAUAUCAAGGGUCCCCACCUAAUCACGGUUCCGAAGUCUACACUCGACAAUUGGAAGCGAGAGUUUGCCAAAUGGACACCAGAAGUCAAUGUUCUCGUACUUCAGGGUGCUAAGGACGAGCGACACGCUCUAAUCAAUGAGCGCUUGAUCGACGAAAAAUUCGAUGUGUGCAUUACAAGUUACGAGAUGAUCCUUCGAGAAAAAGCCCACCUGAAGAAAUUUGCUUGGGAGUAUAUCAUCAUCGAUGAAGCACAUCGUAUCAAGAACGAAGAAUCAUCUCUAUCUCAAGUCAUCCGCUUGUUCAACUCGCGCAAUCGACUUCUGAUUACCGGAACCCCUCUGCAAAACAAUCUUCACGAGCUGUGGGCACUGUUGAAUUUCUUGCUGCCGGACGUUUUCGGUGACAGUGAAGCUUUUGACCAAUGGUUUUCAGGACAGGGUGAAGAUUCGGAUGUGGUAGUCCAGCAGCUCCAUCGCGUGCUUCGUCCUUUCCUGUUACGUCGUGUCAAGGCCGACGUCGAGAAAAGCUUGUUGCCCAAGAAAGAGGUCAAUCUUUACAUUGGCAUGUCAGAAAUGCAGGUCAAAUGGUACCAAAAAAUUCUUGAGAAGGACAUCGACGCUGUCAACGGUGCUGGUGGGAAGCGAGAAUCGAAGACCCGACUUCUCAACAUCGUCAUGCAGUUACGAAAAUGCUGCAAUCACCCUUACCUUUUCGAAGGAGCUGAGCCGGGUCCACCUUACACUACCGACGAGCACCUUGUGUAUAACUCUGGAAAGAUGGCCCUUCUCGAUAAACUUCUACGACGACUACAGGUACAGGGCAGCCGUGUUUUAAUCUUUUCGCAAAUGAGUCGUCUUCUAGACAUCCUUGAGGAUUACUGUGUAUUCCGUGACUUCAAAUAUUGUCGUAUCGACGGAAGCACUGCACACGAAGAUCGUAUUGCGGCGAUUGAUGAUUACAACAAGCCCGACUCCGAGAAGUUUAUUUUCCUUCUCACCACACGAGCUGGUGGUCUUGGUAUCAACCUAACGAGUGCCGACAUCGUUAUUCUCUAUGAUAGCGAUUGGAAUCCUCAGGCUGAUCUACAAGCCAUGGACCGUGCUCACAGAAUCGGUCAGACGAAACAGGUAGUUGUGUACAGAUUUGUCACGGAAAACGCCAUAGAGGAAAAGGUUCUUGAACGAGCUGCGCAGAAGCUCCGCCUUGAUCAGCUGGUCAUUCAGCAAGGACGUGCCCAUCCAGGGGCUAAAGGUCCGGCCGCUAAGGAUGAGCUUCUCGACAUGAUUCAACACGGCGCAGAAAAGGUCUUCCAGACAAAGGGAGCCACCGGCAUGGCAGCCAAGGGUACAGACCUCAACGACGACGAUAUCGAAGAAAUUUUGUCCAAGGGAGAAAACAGAACCAAGGAGCUCAGUGCCAAGUACGAGAAGCUAGGUAUCGAUGAUCUCCAGAAGUUCUCGUCGGAGUCUGCGUACGAAUGGAAUGGGGAGAUAUUUGGAAAGAAGAAGGAUAUUGGUGUGAACUGGAUCAAUCCCGCGAAGCGUGAACGCAAAGAGCAGUCCUACUCCGUCGACAAGUUCUACAGACAAGCUAUUUAUGGCACCACCAAAGCGGAACCCAAGCCCAAGGCGCCGAGGGCUCCCAAGCAGGUUGCGGUUCACGACUACCAAUUCUACCCUCCACGACUUCGUGAUCUCCAGGACCGGGAGACGGCCUUCUACCGCAAGGAAAUUGGCUACAAGGUUCCCUUAGCUGAUGGGGAUGACGAUAACUUGUCAGAGCGUGAGGCUGAACGAGCAUUGGAUCAGCAGGAAAUCGACAAUGCUACGCCCCUGGCCGAAGACGAACAGGAAGAAAAACAGAAACUGUCUAGCCAAGGUUUCGGUGAAUGGAAUAAAAGAGACUUCCAGCAAUUCAUCAACGGCUCGGGCCGCUACGGACGGCAAGAUUAUGAAAGAAUUGCAGAGGAAGUUGACAGCAAGACUCCUGCAGAAGUUAAGGCCUACGCUAAGGUCUUCUGGCAACGAUAUACCGAGAUAGCGGAUUACAACAAGUAUCUGCAAGUAAUUGAUACCGGAGAGGAGCGUAUGCGAAAGACGGAACAUCAGCGCAAGAUGCUUCGAAAGAAGAUGCAACAAUACCGAGUGCCACUUCAGCAGAUGAAGAUUAACUAUUCUGUUUCUACGACGAAUAAGAAGGUCUAUACCGAGGAGGAGGAUAGAUUCCUCCUGGUGAUGUUAGAUCGAUAUGGCAUCGAUUCGGAAGGCGUCUACGAGCGAAUCCGUGACGAGAUACGAGAAAGUCCCCUAUUCCGAUUUGACUGGUUUUUCCUCAGCCGGACACCUAUCGAGAUUAGUCGUCGUUGUACUACCCUUCUCACUACUAUUGUGAAGGAAUUCGAAGACGCGCAACCGUCGAAGGCAAAUGGGGUUAACGGCAAGGGCAAAAGAGAGCCGGAUGACGAAGAAAAUGACGAGGAUAGCAUCCUCGGCAUGGCUCCGGCUAAAAAGAAGUCCAAGACUGGUGUGAAGAACAAGGCACUAGAUAAUGUCAAGGGUAGCGGCAGCAAGACUACAUCCGCCACGCCUUCAUCUCGAGCAUCGAGCGUUGCUUCUACGAACUCAGCGCCUGCUCCCAAAUCCAAGGCUAAGGGCAAGAAGAAGUGAAAAAUUCGCACUGAUGGAGUAGGCACGGUUUACGCUUGAUACGGAGAGAUUUCUUCUAUAGAAUAACUUCAUUUGACGUGGUAUGGCAAAGGAAGGAAUGGAAAUGGCGUUACGCUGGUUGGGUUACUUGGUCGACGGAGUCAACUGUACGAAUUGCACUGAUGCCAUGGCUAUGCUCAAUCGCAAGUUUCCGGGAAGCGUUUGUAGUACCCACCACAUCUACUACGGUAGAACAUCGCUGUCUAGGUUGCCCUUGAGGUUUGUCUGCAAGCUGGAGGUUACAAUUGUCUCAAGUCCUUAAAUCCUCGAUAGCUUCAGGCCAAAUUUGCAAAAAUACUAGACAUAGGAAUUGUCAAAUUUCAUCCAAGAUACCACUUCCC